AAGCGAAGCAGGGGUACAGCUAAGCGCUCGCCGUCUGGAUCUCAGCUUCCUGGCUCCUCCUCGCUCCCUGUGGCACUCCGAUCUCGGAGCUGACUGCUUCCGCCAACUGCCGGUUCCGUCUCCACUCUCCGGACGCGCUUCUCGCGAGGAAUGGUGGAGGGCGCCGAAUCUUCCUCUGAGUGAAAUGGCGCGGAUGGAAUGGGUGAUAUGGCUCCGGGGGUUCAUCUGGCUCGUCCUCGUGUUCGAUCCCUUCUCUAGGGUUCUCUCCAAUAUGGAAGGUGAUGCUUUGCACUACUUGAAGGCAAACUUAAUUGACCCUAAUAAUGUGCUACAGAGCUGGGACCCAACCCUGGUUAAUCCGUGCACAUGGUUUCAUGUUACAUGCAAUAAUGACAAUAGUGUUAUCAGAGUUGAUCUUGGAAAUGCACAGCUAUCUGGUACUUUGGUUCCCCAGCUUGGUCAAUUGAAAAAUCUGCAAUAUUUAGAACUUUAUAGUAACAACAUUAGUGGGAUUAUUCCUAGUGACCUUGGCAAUCUGACAAACUUGGUCAGUUUGGAUCUCUACCUGAACAGCUUCGCUGGUGAAAUUCCAGAUUCAUUAGGGAAGCUAACAAAGCUGCGUUUCCUCCGGCUUAACAAUAACAGUUUGUCUGGUCCUAUUCCCAAGUCUUUGACUAAUAUUACUGCUCUCCAAGUUCUGGAUUUAUCAAAUAACAACUUGUCAGGUGAAGUUCCAUCAACUGGAUCUUUCUCUCUAUUCACUCCAAUCAGUUUUGCCAACAACCUUCUUUUAUGUGGUCCUGGUACAACGAAGGCUUGUCCUGGUGCUCCUCCUUUAUCUCCACCACCCCCAUUUGUUCCUCCUACUCCACCUUCAUCUCAAGGAAGUAGUGCCUCUAGUACUGGAGCAAUUGCUGGGGGAGUUGCUGCAGGUGCUGCUUUGAUUUUUGCAGCCCCUGCAAUAUUGUUUGCAUGGUGGCGGCGUCGUAAACCACAAGAACACUUUUUUGAUGUUCCUGCCGAAGAGGACCCAGAAGUUCAUUUGGGUCAGCUUAAAAGAUUUUCUUUAAGAGAAUUGCAAGUUGCAGCUGACAACUUCAGCAACAAGAAUAUUCUGGGGAGAGGAGGAUUUGGCAAAGUAUAUAAAGGACGACUUGCAGAUGGUUCACUUGUAGCAGUAAAGAGGCUAAAAGAAGAACGGACUCCAGGUGGGGAGCUUCAGUUCCAAACAGAAGUUGAGAUGAUCAGCAUGGCUGUGCAUCGAAACUUACUCAGGCUGAGAGGAUUUUGUAUGACGCCAACUGAGAGACUACUUGUUUAUCCCUAUAUGGCCAAUGGAAGUGUUGCAUCACGUUUAAGAGAGCGUCCUCCAUCCGAGCCACCUCUUGAAUGGGCAACUCGACGAAAGAUUGCAUUGGGUUCUGCAAGAGGGCUUUCCUACUUGCAUGAUCAUUGUGAUCCUAAAAUUAUUCAUCGUGAUGUUAAAGCUGCAAAUAUUUUGUUAGAUGAGGACUUUGAAGCUGUUGUUGGAGACUUUGGCUUGGCAAAGCUAAUGGACUACAAGGAUACUCAUGUGACCACUGCUGUCCGUGGAACUAUAGGACAUAUAGCCCCUGAAUACCUUUCGACUGGAAAAUCCUCAGAGAAGACUGAUGUUUUUGGCUAUGGAAUCAUGCUUUUGGAAUUAAUUACAGGGCAAAGAGCAUUUGACCUUGCCCGACUUGCAAAUGAUGAUGAUGUUAUGUUGCUUGACUGGGUAAAAGGAUUGCUGAAAGAGAAAAAGCUGGAAAUGCUGGUUGAUCCUGAUUUGCAGAAGGACUACGUCGAAGCUGAAGUGGAGUCUCUCAUACAGGUAGCGUUGUUAUGCACUCAGGGUUCCCCAAUGGAACGCCCAAAAAUGUCGGAAGUAGUGAGGAUGCUUGAAGGUGAUGGUCUUGCCGAGAGAUGGGAGGAAUGGCAAAAAGUCGAAGUGGUAAGACUGGAGGAGAUCCCCCGACAUCUCAACAGUGAGUGGAUAUUGGACUCCACCGAUAACCUUCGUCCGGUUGAAUUAUCUGGCCCAAGGUAACCAUGAGACGAAAAUGCUGAACUCCUCGAUCUUCUUUCUAUGCAUUUACAUGUAUUGCACAUCAUCGCGAUAGAUCCAGAAAGUGGGGAAAUUGUGUAUAUUUCUAUAUAAGGGGUAAUUGUAUCAUCCCCUAUCGUUUAGUGUGGAUUUCUUUUGGUAAAACUCUUUUAAAUUUCCACUCUUGCAAGCAAUAUUGGAGCCUCUGCAAGAAGGAAUAUCGGGACUUUCACUAACUCAGGCUUCUGUAAUUGAUAGAAUCAGAUCUGCUUGACUUUACAUA